AAAAAAGGCCCAAGAAAUUCUUCACACGCCAAAAAGAUUAAAAAAAAAAAAAACACCCAUAAAAAGAAACAACCUCCUCAAAACGUCCGACGUCACACACGCAAAAAAUACUAAACCGAAAACCCCGCUCAUCUCCAACCUCGGGGAAUUUCUCCAAACAGAACCUGAGGACAUUUCCAGGCCAUUUUCCCUCUCCAACAACUCUAAUUUGUUCCUCUCUCUUUUUCCCUUCAAUGAUUUGAUUUGCAAGUUUGCAUUUUUCUUUAGAAUUUCGUUUUGUCUCUUGGCGUUGAUGGGAAAUGUGACGUCCAAUGUGGCCGCGAAGUUCGCGUUUUUCCCGCCAGACCCACGGACGUACGAUGUGCUCAAAGACGAAGGUGGGAAGCUGUUGUUCUCCGGGGUCACGGCCGACAAGAACAUGGACGUCCACAUGCUCGACACGAAGGGUGGUAAUAAGAUCGUUGCCACUUUCUGGAAACACCCUUUUGCCAGAUUCACCCUCCUCUAUUCCCACGGCAAUGCGGCUGAUUUAGGCCAGAUGCAGGAGCUCUUCAUUGAGCUCAGAGCUCACCUCCGUGUUAAUAUUAUGAGCUAUGAUUAUUCAGGUUAUGGCGCCUCCUCUGGUAAGCCGUCAGAAUUCAACACUUACCACGACAUAGAGGCUGUUUUUAAUUGCCUGAAGAGUGAAUACGGGAUUAAGCAGGAGGAUCUCAUCCUGUAUGGCCAAUCAGUUGGAAGUGGGCCUACACUGCACUUGGCUGCUCGAUUGCAGAAAUUGCGAGGUGUUGUGCUUCAUAGUGCCAUACUUUCAGGCAUUCGUGUCCUUUAUCCUGUCAAGAUGACUUUUUGGUUUGACAUAUUUAAGAAUAUUGACAAAAUACGGCAGGUCAACUGUCCAGUUCUAGUCAUACAUGGAACAAAUGAUGACAUCGUAGAUUGGUCCCAUGGAAAACGCUUGUGGGAACUUUCCAAAGAAAAAUACGACCCUUUAUGGGUCAAGGGCGGGGGUCAUUGCAACCUCGAGACCUAUCCUGAGUACAUUAAGCACCUGCGCAAGUACAUAAGCGCGAUGGAGAAACUUUCCCUCACGAGACAGACAAAGCCUCAGCUUACAUCUAAUUCCAGCAUGACGGAAGUCAAACAUAACAAGUGCUUGAGAUUUGGAAAGAAGUAGACCAAAUGGAUGAUUUCUCGGACAAAUUGAGCUGAUAUAAGGUAUUGCCCUAUGCAGAGUAUUGCCACCUCCAAGAAAGAACUCAAAUGUCUCGUUUGCCUAACGCUUGGAAAUUAGGCUUACUCGCUGGGGCUUGUUCAUGUUUGCAUCGAGUAUCCGAUGAUAUGAAAACAUGUUCAAUCUUGGCUCUUGCGCAUGACUACGAGAUUCAGAAUGAUCUUGAUGUGGGUGUGGCAUGUUGUGUACAAGUAGCAUAGUGUGAGUUUCCUGUAAGGACUAACAUCAUUCUUAGAAAGAGAAAUGCAGAGGUUACUUUCUUA